GAAAACUUCUCAGCAUUACUAUACCCUCUCUCUCUCUCUCUCUCUCUGUUUGCAGUCUCUAACCAACCACUGAGUUCGCAAUGGCAUUUCCUUACUUGGAAGCAGUUCUCGGUUUCAUGAUAUUAAUGUACAUAUUUGAGACAUACCUUGAUGUACGACAGCAUGCUGCUCAUAAAUUGCCAACACUUCCGAAAACUUUGGUAGGAGUUAUCAGCCAGGAAAAAUUUAAGAAGUCCCGUGCGUAUAGUCUAGACAAAAGUUACUUCCAUUUUAUCCACGAGUUUGUUACCAUACUUAUGGACUCUUCCAUCUUGUACUUCCGGAUAUUGCCCUGGUUUUGGAAGAUAUCAGGAGAAUCUUUACUAUACCUUGGUCUCAACACAGAGAAUGAAAUAUUUCACACUCUUUCAUUUUUAGCAGGAGUAAUGGUUUGGUCACAGAUCACCGAUUUGCCAUUUUCAUUGUAUUCAACCUUUGUGAUUGAGACCCGCCAUGGUUUCAACAAGCAAACAGUAUGGUUAUUCUUUAGGGACAUGAUAAAAGGAAUUGCUUUAGCUAUUGUGAUUGGUCCUCCCAUUGUGGCUGCCAUCAUUGUUAUAGUACAGAAAGGAGGUCCUUACUUGGCAAUUUACUUGUGGGGGUUUAUGCUGAUUUUAUCUCUUGCUAUGAUGACUAUCUACCCUGUACUAAUUGCUCCACUUUUCAACAAGUUCACUCCGCUUCCACAGGGAGAGCUUAGGUUGAAUAUUGAGAAUCUUGCGUCCUCACUCAAGUUUCCCCUAAAGAAAUUAUUCGUCGUUGAUGGGUCCACACGGUCAAGCCAUAGCAAUGCAUACAUGUAUGGGUUCUUCAAGAACAAGCGCAUUGUCCUCUAUGAUACACUCAUCCAGCAGUGCAAGAAUGAUGAGGAAAUAGUAGCUGUUAUUGCACAUGAACUGGGUCAUUGGAAACUUAAUCACACAAUGUACUCCUUCAUUGCGGUCCAGAUUCUCACAUUGUUGCAGUUUGGAGGAUACACUCUUGUUAGGAAUUCUAAGGAUUUGUUUCAGAGUUUUGGGUUUGAUACACAACCAGUCCUUAUUGGACUCAUCAUUUUCCAGGUAAUACUAGAAAUCUGGUCAGGAGGUUUGGCUGUUAGGAGGGUUAAAUACACUCUUGUUAGGAAUUCUAAGGAUUUGUUUCAGAGUUUUGGGUUUGAUACACAACCAGUCCUUAUUGGACUCAUCAUUUUCCAGCAAACUGUGAUACCUCUCCAGCACCUAGUAAGCUUUGGCCUUAAUCUUGUAAGCCGCGCCUUUGAGUUCCAGGCUGAUGCAUUUGCAAAGAAGUUGGGUUAUGCUGCACCUCUUCGAGCUGGUCUUGUGAAACUGCAGGAAGAAAACUUGUCAGCUAUGAACGCAGAUCCUUGGUAUUCAGCCUAUCAUUACUCUCACCCUCCCCUAGUUGAAAGACUCGCUGCCAUUGAUGAACCUGAGAAGAAGACGGACUAACAAAUACGUGGGAGUUUCACCAUUCGACUUACAACAAUGAUCUUUUGUAGAUGUUGCCUCAAUUUUUCUAGAACACCAAAAUUUGAAGCAUAAAAAUAAUUAUCUUUUACCAAUAGACAAAUUAUAGUCCGUAAGUGUGCAUAUUCCACUUCGGGAACAAUUUUGUUUUCGUUGUUUUGGCUCUUCAUAGUCCGCUUUUUGUUUGAGGAGUUCGUAGGAUAAUGAAAAUGGUUUUAAAGAGCAGGCCAGUACAGUCAGUUUGAUAAAUAAGCGAAUGCAAGUUCACCA